GGAUGAGUCUCCCGUAGGCAACUGAGCGCUGGAUUUGGCUCUGGGGAAGGUAAAAAGAAAUACGACUCGCCUUUGCUCGCAAAAGCCAACCAGACCCACCUGAGCCUCCCACCAUGGGACCUCGGUUUUCGAAUGUUUCUAUUGACGAAUGUUUCGGUUUACGAACGCUGUAAACCUGGAAGUAAAUGCUUCGGUUUUCGAACACACCUCGGAAGUCGAACAUGCCACGCAGCUUCUGCCGAGUGCAAGAUCCUGAGGCCUAGCUGUUGGCACCCGUGAACCACAGAGGUGAUAUUUGGGCUUAUUUGGUGACUGUAUGCAAUCAAUCUGUGCUCAUCUCAUCUCAGGAGCUCUCUUGCAACCAGUUUGUUUUUGUGACUGUGGAACCCAGUGCAUAAAUCUGUAUUCAUCUCAUCUCAGGAGCCCUCUGCCAAUCACCCCGUGCUGUGAGAAAUGGAUAAAAGCUGCAAAGCCAAGAGAAUCCUUAACAGAAUAACAAUAGAGGUGAAGAAGGAAAUUAUUUCCAAACAUGAAAGUGGUGUCCGUGUAAGUGAUCUGGCAAAGCAGUUUGGUAUUGCCAAAUCUACAGUUUCUAGCAUCUUGAAAAAUAAAGAAGCCAUUAAAGGAGCCAAUGUUGCAAGAGGUGUUAAAACACUUACAAGACAAAGAACACAGACAAUUGAAGAAGUGGAAAAAUUGCUUUUCAUAUGGAUAAAUGAAAAACAGUUGGCGGGUGACCGCAUUUCUGAGAGCAUGAUUUGUAAAAAAGCUUUACAUUUGCAUGCUGACCUCAUCAAAAGCACCCCUGGAACAAGUGCUGAGAGUGAUAUUUUCAAGGCAAGCAGAGGGUGGUUUGAUAAUUUUAAGAGGAGAAGUGGCAUCCACAGUGUGGUGAGACUUGGUGAAGCUGCCAGUGCCAUCAAAGAAGAGGCCAACCGAUUUGUUUUGGCAUUUAAAGAUUAUGUAGAGGCAGAUGGUUUCCUUCCCCAACAAGUUUUCAACUGUGAUGAGACAGGCCUCUUUUGGAAGAAAAUGCCAAAGAAUACCUACAUAACAAAGGAGGAGAAAUCAUUGCCAGGACACAAGCCCAUGAAAGACAGGCUAACCCUUUUAUUAUGUGGGAAUGCAAGUGGAGAUUUUAAGGUGAAGCCUUUGCUAGUCUACCAUUCUGAGAACCCCUGGGUAUUUAAGAAAAACAAUGUCAUAAAAAGCAAAUUGCCUGUGAUGUGGAGGGCAAACAGCAAAGCUUGGGUAACCAGGCAAUUUUUUAUUGAGUGGGUUCAUGAAGUGUUUGGGCCAAGUGUAAAAGAAUACCUCCAGUACAAAAAUCUUCCAAUGAAGUGCUUGCUUGUUGUGGAUAAUGCUCCAGCUCACCCUCCAGGGUUGGAGGAAGAGUUGGUGGAAGAGUUCAGUUUUAUCAAUGUAAUGUUUUUUCCCCCCAACACAACUUCUCUCAUCCAGCCCAUGGACCAGCAGGUCAUACCUAAUUUUAAGAAGCUUUACACCAGAGCACUGUUCCAAAGGUGCUUUGAGGUUACCUCAGACACAGAGCUAACCCUCAGAGAGUUCUGGAAGAAUAAUUUCAAUAUCCUACAUUGCUUACAUCUUAUAGACAAAGCAUGGAGGGAUGUGUCUCAGAGAACAAUGAAGUCAGCAUGGAAGACAUUGUGGCCAGAAGCUGUCCCAGAAUGUGUAUUUGAGGAUGUUGAAGAGGAUGCUCCUAUUGUUGAGGAGAUUGUGUCUCUGGGAAAGUCCAUGGGCUUGGAAGUGAGUAGUGAUGAUGUUGAGGAGUUAGUGGAGGACCACAAGACGGAACUCGCCACAGAAGAACUUCAGAACAUUCUGAAGGAGCAGCAACAGGCGGCAACUGAGGAAUUGUCUUCGGAGGAGGAGGAGGAGGAGGAGAGAAGAGACAGUGUUCCUACUGCACUGAUCAAAGAAAUGUGUGCAAAAUGGGUUGAAGUGCAAAGUUUUGUUGAAAAAUAUCACCCUGAUAAAGCUGCUGUAAGUCGUGCCACUAACACUUUCAAUGAUAAUGCUAUGUCUCACUUUAGACAAAUUUUAAAACACCGGAAAAAUCCUUUUUGUUCAGAUUUGUAAACAGCUAAGGGGGUUUAUGUUGAAAUAUGAAGUGGUACAUAAAUUAAUUAACUCCUCCUUGUGAAA